UGUCUCUCUCUCUCUCUCUCUCUCUCUCUCUCGGGUGCCAUGGGAUUAAACGACUCUUCUUCCUCUUCCGGCGGCCGGUCCUUCUUCGGCGGCUUCUGGUCCGCCGCCCUCCGGCGAAAAGCCAUAGGGAAUCCAACCGACUCUGUGGCCGGCCAUGGCGGGGGGCUCGUUCGCCGCCUCGGCCUCUUCGAGCUCAUCCUCAUCGGAAUCGGCGCCUCAAUCGGCGCUGGGAUCUUCGUUGUCACCGGUACGGUGGCUCGUGAUGCCGGCCCGGGUGUUGCAAUUAGCUUCGCUCUUGCUGGAGCUGCAUGUGUACUAAAUGCCCUGUGUUAUGCUGAAUUAUCUUCACGCUUUCCUGCUGUCGUUGGCGGAGCAUACUUAUACACUUAUGCUGCAUUUAAUGAACUCAUGGCGUUUCUUGUUUUCAUCCAGUUAAUGCUGGACUAUCAUAUAGGUGCAGCAAGCAUUGCUCGCAGCUUAGCUAGCUAUUUCGUAUCCCUGUUGGAACUUCUGCCUUUCUUAAGGGGACAUUUUCCUAGCUGGAUUGGACAUGGUGGAAUAGAAUUUUUUGGUGGAGUCGUGUCUAUUAACAUAUUGGCUCCUAUCCUUCUGAUACUUUUGACCUUAAUUCUUUGCUACGGUGUCAAGGAGUCAUCAGCAGUGAACUCUUUUAUGACUGCAACAAAGGUAGUCAUUGUCAUUGUUGUCAUUUUCGCUGGUGCAUUUGAAGUUGAUGUAUCAAAUUGGUCACCAUUUGCUCCAAAUGGUUUUAAAGCUGUCAUCACGGGAGCAACAGUAGUAUUCUUCUCUUAUGUUGGAUUUGAUGCGGUUGCUAACUCUGCUGAAGAAUCCAAAAGACCCCAGAGGGACUUGCCUAUUGGUAUUCUAGCAAGCCUUUUUGUAUGUGCAGUUCUCUACAUUGGUGUCUGCUUAGUAAUAACUGGGAUGGUCCCAUACAAGCUUCUUGGUGAAGAUGCUCCUUUGGCUGAAGCUUUUACAGCUAAAGGGUUGAAAGUCGUUUCUGUUUUAAUUAGUAUUGGAGCUGUGGCAGGCCUUGCUACCACCCUUCUUGUUGGUCUAUAUGUUCAGUCUCGAUUGUAUCUUGGGCUUUCAAGGGAUGGUUUGCUACCUUCAGUUUUUUCCAAGGUGCAUCCGUUGCGACACACGCCUAUUCAUUCUCAGGUCUGGGUUGGUCUUGUUGCUGGUAUCAUGGCAGGUCUGUUUAAUGUACACCAGCUUUCUCACAUUCUUUCAGUUGGUACACUGACUGGCUAUUCAGUUGUUUCGGCAUGUGUGAUAACCCUAAGGUGGAAGGACAAAGUUUCCAGUCAAGUUUCUGUGAAGUGCAUUUCGGCCCGUUGUGAAGGCAUCAUAUGUCUUGUUAUAAUUGCUUUCGGUGGUUUUCUAGCUGGACUAUGUUACCGUUUCAGUGGUUCUUUUAUCAUUAUUAUAUUUGCUGUAGCGAUGGCAAUUCUUGGAGCAGUUGCUGUCCAAUUUCGGCAGGAUUAUGCAGAUCCACCUGGUUUCUCUUGCCCUGGGGUCCCCAUUGUCCCUGUUCUUUCCAUAUUUAUAAAUAUCUUCUUGUCUGCACAGCUACAUGAAGAAGGAUGGUACAGAUUUGUCAUAGUGAGCUUGAUCUCAGUUGGCAUUUACGCCCUCUAUGGACAGUAUCAUGCGAAUCCGGGACACAAUGGUUCCAACCCUAUGUGAGCAUCAGAUGUCUGAUAGCACAAGUUUAGUGUUUUUUGACAUUCCGGGUGCAUUAUUUAUUGUUUUUGUUCUCCAUUCAAAUGGUUGAGAAAGAGUCUCCCUCUUUUGAUGUUAAAUUUGUUGUUUUUUUGUUCUCGAUUCAAUUUGUUAUUUUUGCUUGAUUCACUCAACAAAUCUGCCUGCAACUUCUUUGUUAGUUUCAGUUCUAGUGAUCAAACUUGUCCCCCGUUCUCAACGAGCAGCAGGUGGAAAUGACAAGCGGCCUGUUGAUGAACAGAGGAAUCAGAAGCGUGCACGGAAGGUGUUCGCUGGUUUGUCGCUGCUAUGUAGGUACGUCUGGAACCCAAAUUGUACAUGUUCGAUCGGUGCGUUGGGCCUGGCUUCAUUCAUCUUGACCAAUCCAUUUGAGAAUCCACACAAUUACAAACAACGUUGCAACGAUUCCUUAGCUGUUAUCCGUGCUUAGCUUGAUUGGUUGGUAUACUCGUGAUCUAGGGGGUCCUUUUGGUAGAUCUUCUCUAAAGCCCCGGGUGUUCUUCUCAUCCUUGAAGUCAUGCUGAGGUUAGGAACUUGUUCUGGACGCAUGGAUCCCUUUCGACCCACACUAAGGGGCCUUGUCCAUGGUGUUCCAAGAUAGAGAUCUUUGACCUUCAUUUCAUCGAACACAUUAUCUUCAGUGUCUGACGUAUGUUGGGGAGAUGGGGAAGGUCAAGGAUCCAUGGGUGAUUCUAGGAUACCAUUUAGAAGGGUGUGGACAUGCUCAAGCAUUCUCAAACAUAUAUAUUUUUUAUAUAUCAAUAAAAAAUGGUUAGAAAGUAUAUUUAGUUUAGCAUCAGAUUCAAGAAUAAACGAUGUUUCAAGCUAUUUGAUCAUGAGUUCUGCCUUGGGUUUUUUACUAUCAUUAAUCAUACUACAAGGAGGAGAAUGGCAAUAAUAAUUGCUCAUGACAUUUUUUUUAUUAUUUUACAUUGAUUUCAUAUUGUUUAAGAAUUAAUAAAGAAGGCAAAUUAUAGCUGAUGCCACAUCUAUACCUAAAUUUUAGAUAUUUUAGGAGUCUCAAGUUACAGAUGCUACAGAUCUCAACCACUUUAGAUACUUUCUGGUGCAUCAGAAGAAAGCUUGGUUUCCAUGACACUGUACCUCAACUCACCUAAAAGCUCGUGCGUUUGUUAUAGAGCUGUGGUUUCCUAAUGCUGAGAAUCCAAAACAAUGCAUAUCUGCAGCUUUGUUGGCUUGAAUUUGAUGACAACUUUGUACCCUAAUCACUUUAUUGGAAUUUGCAGAAGAGACAAAGUGUGA